UUGGCGCUCCGCAGUUGAGCACGAAGCGCAGAGCAGGCGAUGCAGGAGCCGCCGAGCAGCUAAGAGAGCAUCGCGAGCCGCGCCCAGGACGGACAGGCAGCUCGGCCCAGGAUGGAGAUAAACUUGGAGAGCAUCGGCCUCGGAGAGCAGUCGCGCUCGCAGUCCAAGGACCUGCUGACCUUUCAGACCGAGAGCACGGUCUUCAGCUUGUCCAGGAGCGAGUCCCUGUGGACCACCGAGUCCCGCAGCGCCUGGGAGACCUACCACAAGCCCAUCGUGGUCAUGUCCAUCGGCGGAGCCAUCUUUCUGUGCGGAGUCAUCCUGACAGGCUUGCAUUUUGCCAAAAAAUACGAAAGGGCCACCAUGAUCUUCGGGCCCGGGUUCCUGUCCCUCGGGCUGAUCGUUCUUGUCACCGGACUGGUGUGGGUCCCCAUCAUGAAGGAGAAGCGCAAGCAGAAGUCCGUCUCCAGGCUCUUCAGCAGCUACAAGCCCCCGUUUUUCCAUUUCUAACUGCUGUAACGUUUAGAGGGGAAAAUCACAAAGCGGCGGACAGCAGAGAGCAGCAGGUGGAGGAGUCGAGUUGGCAGGGAGACGGCGGGCACUCGUGGACUCACCUCGGGCUCGGACCCCGGAGCUUUGCUUUUGAGUUUCUUUGUCAAAACGAAGCCAUAAAUAAAGAGGCAAAAAGACGAGAAGAGACACAAACGUUUGGAAUCCUUCACGUCUGCUUUGGGUUCACAAGAAAUAUCUUUAUUUUAUAUAGCGCCUUUCCACAGCGAAUAUGCUUCAUAAACCGUAAAACAAAAUAGAGUAUACUUGAUGACCUUUAUUUACAAUCACCUUGGGGUGACUCUGGGAAAAAACUGAACCUGCAGUCUCAUUAUUUUAUAUAUAGCGCCUUUCAUUGGCAAACGGGGCUCGAAAGAAACUUAGCAGUACAAAGGUGCGCUGUCAUGGAUGACCUUUAUUGGCUUCCACAAUUCAUCUGGAGUAACUGUGCAGCCUUGUGAUUUUUAUAUAGCGCCUUUCUGUAAGGGUCUCGAGGAGCAGCAGAAAGGAGCUCGGCAUUUAUAGAGUGCGGCCUCACGGAUCAGCGCCACUCUGCAGUAAGCCUGAAACCUGCCGUCUGGUGGGGUUUCUAUAGCGCCUUUCUAGCGGGAACCCCACCCCAGGGCACGUCACGAGUACAAAGUGUCACAUGACGGCGCACCUUUGUUUAUUGGGUUACAAGAUUUAUGGGGGGGCGGUAACUCU